CUAUUGUCAUUUUUCCCCGCUAAACUUAAAUAUUUUUAUCAUUAGCGCCAUAUUUUGUGUUUCCCGCCGACUCCCAAAUCACAAACGACAACGUUUUUAGCGAAAGUCCUGCGUUUUGACCCUUUCCCGCCUAUAAUAUUAUCAACUCUGCUCACUGCUUUCUUUUCUUUUGCCCAGUUUCCAUUUUCAAAGUUGAAAGUUCUAAGCAUCAUCGUUCAGAUCUUCUUCAACCUCUUCUUUCUCACGCCAAUCAUGGAAAAUGACCCAAAUUCGAAGGCUCCAAUCAUCGACUACAGCCAAACCCAGCGUAUUGUUCUUCUAAUCGAUCUCAAUCCAUUAACAUUCCUUAAAGACCCAACUCAUUUUCUCAACUCAAUUAUCUCUUCAGCCAAAACUCUCCUUACAUUUCCUCCUCUUUUCUCUUCUCUCUUUGCUUUCAAGCUUUUCUUUUCUUCUCUCUCUCCUCUUCUAUCUUCCUCUAAACUCCACCAAUUCAUAUCUAACUCCAAGCUUUCUCUUUCUUUCGACCACCCCAUCUCUACAUUUCUCUCUAUCUCACAGGCCCUCAAUGCUUUACCCCCUUUUAAUAAUGAUAACGGAAACCCAUCACUGGAUUCUUCUCCUCGGGCUUCCUGUGUUGCCGCUUCAAUGCGCCAGCUCGUCCACGACUACGCAUGGGACCCCGUUAUCCAGGAACCUGAAUCGGGUAUGCUUUUGAAUUGUGAUUCAGUUCGUGUGAGGUCUAAUUUGGUUGUUUUGCUUUCACCUUUUUCUAGUUCAGUAAAGUCAUUGUCUGAGUUCUUGAAUGUGGGAAUUAAUGAUGAAUGCUUAGAAAACUUGAAUAGUUUCUGUGAAAGAUUUUCUGAAUUCUUUGCUAAUGUGAAUGAUGCGCUUGUUAGUAGGGAUAUUCAAUUUAGUUGGGUUGAUGUUCGAUAUGGAAUGGGUGAUGAUGGUGAGGUUGGGAUUGAUGAAUCAGAUUUGAGAUUUAAGUUUUUUGAGAGUGGGGUUAGGAAUUUGGGAUGGGGUUUUUGUUCUACUGAUUCCAUUGUUCUUGGUUCAGCUCUUGUUCCUUUUGGUUUGAUUUAUCCUAGGAUUGCAAUUUCACCCAACAAUUUUAGUUGUAAUGACUGUUCUAAGAAGCUUCAUAUGCAAUUGAGUCUUGAGAUAUUAGAUGUAGCUCAGAAACCCUUGGAAUGCAAGUGUUGUGAUCUUGAACUUGUCAAUUUAAAACUUUUGCCUAGAAAUAGAUCCGAUAACGAUGUUCUGCAUAUACUGGAAAUUAUGAAUAAAAGAAAAGGAGGUGGCGUGCUAAAUGAAAAGUUGUGGAGUAAUUUCGGUGAUGGAGUGAACAAUCUGCAGGUUAAGGCUUUGUAUAGGUUCAACAAGUUUGAGAAAUUCAAGGACCAUCUAUCUGAUCCUAUACUCGUUCGAGAAUUUUCUUUGAAACCUGAGAAAGCUAAACAAGAAAGUUGUGGUGAUUUUUUUGCUGACAAGGUACUUGAAUUGAUGGCAACUGAAUUGGGUGACAUCGUGCCCAGAAAAUCUGCACCCAUUUGGCAGAUUCUCUCUAGUUUUCUCUAUAGGGAAGGUUAUUGGGCUUUGGUAUCUCUUUCAAAUAACAGUGGACAUUCCUUAAAGGGUAUCCUUAAGCCUUUUUCUAUUUCUUCUGCCCUUCUAUUUAUUACAAAUGAUGAGUUCUUGCCACACAUGGUAGUGGAAGAUUUUGAUGGAGCAGAUGUGACUCCAUCAAGUUCAAAGACGACAGUUGAGAUUAAGCGUUCCGGUAGGGAUGGGAAAAAGAUGAGGAGCAAAAGAAGUUUAAAAUUGCUCCAAGACCAAACAUGGAGCAGCUUUUGUGCUGCAGCAUUCGAAAACUCGGGGAUAGAAUUGGAGGAGGCUUAUUUCUCCAGGGGAUGUAAUAACUCAAAAAAGUUGAGAUUUCUGAAAUGCUGGAUGAAGCAGAUUAAGAAGUCCAACUGUUCUUCACCUGUUAUAGAGGAGAAGUCCAAUCCACCCCAGGAGAUUCAAAUAGGUAUCAAUGAUAGAUUGACUGAGUUGCAUCAAGAAAGCCAACAACCAAUUUUGUCUGCUUCAGCUGGAGAAACUUCAAUCAAUGAAUCUUCCAGGAUUCAAGAUGAAUCUGCUGCUGAAAUUAAGCCAGAAACUUCUGAAAGUUUUCUCAGUACUUUGUUGAAUAAGAUCCAACAAGGACUUGAAUCUGAAGCAGUAGACUUGGGGGCUUUGGCCCAGCGACUUGUGAAUUCAUCUAUAAAUUGGUUAAAGAAAAAAUGUGAGGCAGAAGCCGCUUCUGAAGGCCAACUACUUGUUAUAUCAUCUCAAGAUACCACUGGUAGUUUUCAUAAUACAGAACUGCUAAAGCUUUUACUAAAGGACCCGAAGGACUUGAUCUCAAAGUGCAGAAGUAACGAUCCUCCCAUUCAAUCUUCUGAAGCUUCAUCAGAAAAGAUAAUUAGAGAAUAUGAAUUGCAAAUUUUAUUUCGAAUGGAAAUACUACAAUCAGAAGUUCGAGAGAGCAUCGGAGAGUCUUUGAAACAGAAGUUUGUGAAACAGAUAUGCUUGCUUCUAGAUACCAUCCAGUGCCAUCUUGAGGGAGGUUUCUUUGGCGAAUGGAGCCUGGAUAGUUAUGUGGGAAAGUUCAUAAAAGCCAGGUACAGUUCUACCCUUGAAGAUGUAGUUCAUAAGAUCUAUAAAAAAAUGGACUUGUUGCUCUUUGCUGAUGAGGAUGGACCUCCAAAUUGCCUACUCAAUAGCGAGGAUAGCAAUCAAUCUUGGAAAGAAAAGCCAGAUAAAGACGAAGUGGGAGAAAAUAGUUUAUUUAGUGAACCACUAUCAGCAGAAGAUGAGUCCCAUCGUAGAAGAACACAAGGAGUGGCACAAGACCUCGCUCGCAGGUUAACUGAAGCUCAAGAGAGGAGAGAAAGAGCUCGGAGAUUUUCUUCUUUUACUAGCUGGAUGCCUGAUUUACAGAGAGUUUGGGCUCCAAAGCAGCCUAAGGCAGUGAUGCCAAGGUCAGAUUCACUUCCAAAGCUGUCAAAAAGGAAGAGACAUGUAGAGGAAGUCAGUGACACAGUAUGCGAAACUCCAAUGGCAGAUAAGAAACGUUCAAAUUUACGGCGAAACAGCUUUGAUUCACGGUAUAACAGCUUCUACAACGAGGAUUACCAUGAUAAUGAGUUCAGUAGUCAGCCAUGUGCCAGUGUUUCCAAGGCAUUGUUUCAAGACGAUCUGUAAAUUGGAUCCAGUCAAGGAACAUUUCUCAGGGAGACACUUGGUUUGAACUAGCAACUACAUGUAAGAACUAAGAACCAUUAGAGCUGUACAUUUUCUUUAACUCUUAGUCUAUACUCUAUACCAUACUGAAUUUUUCUUCAUUUGGUGAAGUGAAUAAUGUUUAACAUAAAAUAAUAAAAACAAAAACUAGUGAGGUAGUUUAUUCA